AUGUCAUCCGCUUUGAAAGACACGUUCGAAAGGUGCAAGAAAGAGAACCGUAAUGCUCUUGUGACCUUUAUCACCGCUGGUUUCCCAACCGUUGAAGACACAGUACCUAUUUUACAAGGUUUACAAAAAGGUGGUGCUGACAUUGUCGAGUUGGGUGUACCCUUCUCCGAUCCGAUUGCUGAUGGCCCCACCAUCCAGGUGGCCAACGUCAAGGCCUUGGAAAACGGAGUGACGGUUCCCAAGUGCUUGGAAUUGGUUCGUCAAGCCAGAGCUGCUGGAGUAACGAUUCCAAUUAUUUUGAUGGGCUACUACAACCCGAUCUUAAAGUACGGUGAAGAACAGAUGAUCCGUGACACCGCCGCCGCGGGAGCUGAUGGAUAUAUCGUGGUGGACUUGCCUCCUCAAGAAGCCAUUCAGUUUAGGUCCACUUGUUCCAAGUACGGUUUGACGUACGUGCCACUCGUGGCCCCCGCCACCACCGACGCUCGGUUGAAGGUGUUGGGUGAAAUCGCCGACCUGUUCAUCUAUGUGGUAUCGAGAAUGGCCCCAACCGGUGCCCUGACGGAGGUUUCUUUGGGGAUUCCCGAGUUAUGUGCUCGAGUAAGAAAGUAUGCCAACGGGUCUCCAUUAGCUGUCGGGUUUGGGGUUUCUACUAGAGAACACUUUUUACAAGUUGGAAAAGAUGCCGAUGCCGUGGUGAUUGGAUCCAAAUUCAUCACCCUCAUGGGAGAUUCAGCUCCUGGAACUAGAGGUCAAGCUGCCUACCAGUUUGCAAGAGAUAUUUUGGGUGAAAACUACGUGGCAGUCCCCCCCACCAGUUACGCCAACACCACGAAACUGGCGAAAGAGUUGGUGCCAGUGCUUGAAGAAAGCCACAAACACAAUCCCAAGUUUGGGGAUUUUGGAGGUCAGUUUGUACCUGAAGCCAUGUACACCUGUUUGGCCGAGUUGGAACAAGGGUUUGAAAGUGCCAUCGCCGACCCUGGAUUCUGGGAUGAGUUCAAAGGAUUGUACUCAUACAUAGGCCGUCCUUCUUCGCUCCACAAAGCCGAUCGGUUGACUGAGUACGCUGGAGGAGCCCAAAUUUGGUUGAAGAGAGAAGACCUCAAUCAUACGGGAUCUCACAAAAUCAAUAACGCUUUGGCCCAGGUAUUGAUUGCCAAGCGGUUGGGUAAGUCCAAGGUUAUUGCCGAGACCGGUGCUGGUCAGCAUGGAGUUGCAACGGCCACUGCUUGUGCCAAGUUUGGGUUGGAGUGUACGGUUUUUAUGGGAGCCGAAGAUGUGAGACGUCAAGCCUUGAAUGUAUUCAGAAUGAGAAUCUUGGGUGCCAAGGUGAUUGCUGUUACCAACGGAACCCAAACCUUGAGAGAUGCCACGUCCGAGGCCUUUAGAUACUGGGUAUCUCAUUUACAAACCACCCAUUACGUGGUGGGUUCGGCCAUUGGUCCUCACCCUUAUCCAACAUUGGUGAGAACUUUCCAAAGUGUUAUUGGGAACGAAACCAAGCAGCAGUUCAAGGAAUUGAACAAUGGUAAAUUACCAGAUGCGGUGGUGGCAUGUGUUGGAGGUGGUUCCAAUUCCACCGGUAUGUUCUCGCCAUUUGAAAAAGAUAUUUCGGUGAAGAUGCUAGGUGUGGAGGCUGCUGGAGACGGUUUGGACACCGAAAGACAUUCUGCCACCUUGACGGCUGGACAACCAGGUGUUUUCCAUGGGGUUAGAACUUAUGUCUUACAAGACAGUGAUGGUCAGGUUCAUGAUACUCACUCGAUAUCUGCUGGUCUUGAUUACCCGGGUGUGGGACCUGAGUUGGCGUUCUGGAAAAGUACCGGAAGAGCCGAAUUUGUGGGCGCCACCGAUGCUCAGGCAUUGCUUGGAUUCAAGUUGUUGUCUCAAUUAGAGGGAAUCAUUCCUGCUUUAGAGUCGUCCCAUGCUAUAUAUGGAGGGGUUGAAUUGGCCAAAACCAUGUCUAAAGAUCAACACAUUGUAAUUAACUUGUCUGGAAGAGGUGAUAAGGACGUUCAGAGUGUGGCCGAGAACUUGCCUAAGUUAGGACCUGAGAUUGGUUGGGACUUGAGAUUUGAAGCUGAUCCAACCAAAUAG